AUGUCCCAUCUUCGUAUAGAGGAACGUAUAGCUAAAUUCACUGGCAGAGAAGAAGCUAUAGUUUACUCAUUUGGGUUUGCUGCCAUAGCUAGUGCCAUACCUGCUUAUUCUAAAAGAACAGACAUCAUCUUUUGUGACGAAGGUAUGGGGUUUCCUACACAAAAAGGACUGGUUGCCUCACGUAGUCAGAUCAAGUACUUCAAGCAUAAUGAUAUGUUAGAUUUAGAAAGAUUACUGAAAGAAAAGGAAAAAUUUGAUCUCAAAAAUCCAAAUAAAGCUAAGAAGAUCAGAAAGUUCAUUGUAGCUGAAGCUAUAUAUAUGAAUUAUGGUGACUUAGUACCUCUACCCAAACUGGUGGAGUUUCGUAAACGAUAUCGUAUUCCAAUUAUUUUGGAGGAAAGUCUUUCAUUUGGUGUGUUAGGAGCUACAGGUCGUGGAGCAGUAGAACAUUUUCAAUUAACAGUGAAAGAUGUUGAUCUUAUUUGUGUUUUGAUGAGUUUGAGUAUGGCCAAUAUGGGAGGAUUUUGUGCUGGAAAAUCAUUUGUUAUUGAUCAUCAAAGACUAUCAGGUGCUGGAUACUGCUUUAGUGCAUCACUUCCACCAUUGCUUACUACAGCCGCAAUAGAGGCACUCGAUACUAUGGACAAGUCACCUGAGAUAUUUGAAAAACCCAGAGAGAAUGCUAAGACAUUAAGAAACCUUUUAAAAGA